GUGCUGACAGGGAAGUGCGGAAUAUUUGGUGCGUCUUUUUUCAGUUUGGGCUGAAAUAAGAACCUGCGGAUCUGUUGGGGGUCGGGAUUCAUGCACCCUGAGACCCUCGGUCCCCAGAGAGGAGAACCCUCACCUGCAGGUGGAGACACACCUGCACGAUGCCCCGCAGAAAGAGGACCGCCGGCAGUAGCUCGGACGGGACGGAGGACUCGGAUUUUUCCGCCGAUCUCGAGCACACCGAAGCUCUCGGGAGCGCGCACAGACGCAGCAGCGCGCGCCUGACUCGCGCCUCACUGCGCCUCAGCCGGAGCUCUCAAGACACCUGCAGCUCAGUGCGGAGCUGUGUCUCUCCGGCUGCUGUCGGAGCUGAAGAGGAUUCAGUGGCAGCGUCCGUCUUCUCCUCGGGACGCAGAAUCACCCGCAGCCAGCAGGGGGCGACAAACACCACAGCCAAAAAAUACCCUCUGCGUCAGAGCCGGUCAUCGGGCUCCGACACCGAGGCCAACGAUCUGAAGCCGGGCACUGACCGGGACGAGACGCCCCCCCGCACCCCGACAGGAAACGCCCCAUCCUCCGAGUCCGACCUGGAGGUCUCGAGCCACAGCAAUGACCUGCUAGUGUCCCAGGAGGAGGACGAGCGAUUGGCCAAAGAGCUGUCACUCAAGGAGGCCGCCGCCCACGACCUCUCCCACCGGCCCAAACGCCGGCGAUUCCACGAGAGCUACAACUUCAACAUGAAGUGCCCCACGCCCGGCUGCAACUCGCUGGGUCAUCUGACAGGGAGGCACGAGAGACAUUUCUCCAUCUCGGGUUGUCCUCUCUACCAUAAUCUGUCAGCUGAUGAGUGCAAGGGUAAGGCAUCGACGCGCGACAAACAGGCCGAGGAGAGAACGCUGUCACAUCGCCAGGACGAGAACAGACACUCCACAAGAAGCCAGGCACCGUCAGACCGUCAGCUGCGCUACAAGGAGAAGGUGACGGAGCUGAGGAGGAAGAGGAACUCUGGCCUCAAUAAGGAGCAGAAGGACAAGCACGUGGACCACCGCCAGAACCUGGGGUCGAGCCGCGAGCCGCUGCUGGAAAACAUCACGAGUGACUACGACCUGGAGUUGUUCCGGAAAGCCCAGGCACGUGCAUCGGAGGACCUUUCAGCACAGCCUCCUCUGCAGCCUCAGGAGGAGUCUGACAUAUUUUUGGACAAGCUGCGUCUGAGCGGACAGGUUUCGGAGGGAAACAACAUGAUAAAGACCAUCGUGUUCGGCCGCUACGAGCUGGACACCUGGUACCACUCCCCGUAUCCGGAGGAGUACGCCCGGCUGGGGAGGCUCUACAUGUGCGAGUUCUGCCUGAAGUACAUGAAGAGCCAGACCAUUCUGCGCAGGCACAUGGCUAAGUGUGUGUGGAAGCAUCCUCCAGGAGACGAGAUCUACAGGAAGGGGAACAUCUCGGUGUUCGAGGUGGACGGGAAGAAGAACAAGAUUUACUGUCAGAACUUGUGUCUGCUGGCGAAGCUCUUCCUGGACCACAAGACCCUUUACUACGACGUGGAGCCGUUCCUGUUCUACGUGAUGACCGAGGCCGACAACACGGGCUGCCAUCUGGUCGGAUAUUUCUCUAAGGAGAAGAACUCCUUCCUGAACUACAACGUGUCCUGUAUCCUCACCAUGCCUCAGUACAUGAGGCAGGGCUACGGCAAGAUGCUCAUCGACUUCAGUUACCUGUUGUCGAAGGUGGAGGAGAAGGUGGGCUCACCUGAGCGACCGCUCUCUGACCUCGGCCUCAUCAGCUACAGAAGCUACUGGAAGGAAGUUCUGCUGCGAUACCUGUACAACUUCCAGGGAAAAGAGAUCUCCAUCAAAGAGAUCAGCCAGGAGACGGCGGUGAACCCGGUGGACAUCGUCAGCACUCUGCAGUCCCUCCAGAUGCUCAAAUACUGGAAGGGAAAACACCUGGUUUUAAAGAGACAGGACCUCAUCGACGACUGGAAGGCGCGGGAGACGAAGCGUGGAAACAGCAAGACCAUCGACCCCAAAGCCUUAAAAUGGACGCCGCCUAAAGGGACAUAGAGGAGCUUUCCUUCACACUGAAAACACAAAUCACACACACACUGGCAUGCUCACAGAGCCUCAACCACACACACACACCUGUAAAAACGCUUCAGCAGCUUCAGCACCGUCUCUGGGUUCAGCAGCCACGCUCACAGCUCAGGAAUCUCAAACCUACAAGAAUAUUUGUUGGAAAAUGUGCAUUAAUCUGGACCUCAAACGUUACCAUGAUCAGAAAUAAGGCUAUAAUCAGACUUCACUUUGUCUCAGAAUGCAUCAUGUGACCGAGCUAUAGUCAGAGUUAGAGGAUGAGCAACAGACAGAGAUGUGAGUGUGAUGUGUACGCAGGAUAACCCCGGACUCCUCCUCAUCUGUUCCUGCAGAGUGAGAGUAAUGAGUGUUGUUGGAGCACCUCAUGCACCAGGCUCGCCCUCUAAUCCAAUCAGCAGCGGUCGCUAUCGAACCUGUGCUGCUAUUCAUUUUGUUCUCCAGACACCGGACACAACGCAGGUCGGCUGCACAUUGACUCAUGCAAUGCAUCAUGGGAGACACAGACCAGCUGGCUGUGAUUUCAUCAACGCAUAACGUUUCUGGAAACAGCAGGCAGGAGCUUGCAUGGAUAAAAAAAUUAAUAGAGCAAUGAAGGAAUGACUGCCUUUAGCUUAGCGGUGGUGACGUGAAGUCAUGUGACCGUGCUGUAGUUCCUCUAUAGCCCAACAUUAGCCUCCUUUAGCUUAGCGGUGGUGACCUGAAGUCAUGUGACCGUGCUGUAGUUCCUUUAGCUAAUGUUGGGCUAUAAAGGAACUACAGCACGGUCACAUGACAGCAAGUCUCCUCCUGCGGUGCAACACAACAGAAGGACAUAAAUCAGAGACUUUUCUGAGUCUGCUAAUGGCUGCUUGAACCCAGAGCUAAUCGAUGACUCAGCAUUUCUCUCAUGCAACACACACACACACACAGUGUCCAGUAUUUAAACAAUCACAGUUAGUCAGGAAGCUAUAGCUGCCAUUGGACCGUGUGCUAUAAUCUAAUGUCCGUCUUCCCUCCCGUUAGUGUGGUUUAUGAUGUCUGCAGUUUGUUGUGAAGGGAAAUCUCACACACAUGUUCUCUCCGUGUUCUCUGUGGUUGUUAAAUAAUAUUUUAUACUUUUCUACCUCUUACUGUAGGUUAACCACUGUUUAAAAGCUCAGUUCAAGUUAAGCUUCUUUCCCCCUCUUUUUAAUCUGUGUUGACAAUAAUUUUUACUAGAUUUUUAAAUAUAUAUGCUAUUUAUAUUCUUAAAAAAUAAAUGUUAACUGUAGAAGUCUGCUAGAGGACCGUGUGCUCUAUCGGACCGGCUUCAUGUGAAUAUGAAUAUUUAACUCAAAUGUUUAUGUAGGUUUGAAUGUUUUACCUACGGUGGCUGACAGCGGCCAAAACUCUUCCCUCCGGAGAAACACUGCAGCUUCAAAUAUAGAGACACAAAUGUUCCAGAACACACGUCAGUCUAUCUGAAGUAGGGUGGCCAGACGUAUUUGUCCUCCUUUUUGAGUCAAGAAGGAGGACGGCUUUAGGCCGGAAUGUCCGGCCUAAAGCCGGACGUCUGGCCACCCUAAUCUGAAGGUCAGCGACGUAGUGAGCUAGCUCACAGCAGAUCUGCAGGAACAUCAGGAGGAGUCAUGUGAUCACGUUGUUCAAAUAAGACCAGGAAACAUUUCAGGUGAACAUCAACAGACACAGCUGUCCAGCAUCCUCAAUGUCCCUCAGCUCUCCUGUCCCAGCUGUGUGUGUCUCUCUUUAGUGUCCCCUAGUCUCCAGCUGUGUGCGUCUCUCUUUAGUGUCCCCUGCUCUCCAGCUGUGUGCGUCUCUUUAGUGUCCCCUGGUCUCCAGCUUUGUGCGUCUCUCUUUAGUGUCCCCUGGUCUCCAGCUGUGCGUGUCUCUCUUUAGUGUCCCCUGGUCUCCAGAUGUGUGCGUCUUUAUAGUGUCCCCUGGUCUCCAGCUGUGUGCGUCUAUAUAGUGUCCCCUGGUCUUCAGCUGUGUGCGUCUCUUUAGUGUCCCCUGGUCUCCAGCUGUGUGCGUCUCUCUUUAGUGUCCCCUGGUCUACAGCUGUGUGCGUCUCUCUUUAGUGUCCCCUGGUCUCCAGCUGUGUGCGUCUCUCUUUAGUGUCCCCUGGUCUCCAGCUGUGUUAGUGUCCCCUGGUCUCCAGCUGUGUGCGUCUCUCUUUAGUGUCCCCUGGUCUCCGUUGUGUUGGAGCUUCUUGCAGCGUUUGGUUUCUGCAGCUUUUAGUAAACUGCUCAUGUCUCCUCUGCUGUCCUCUAGAUGCUGCAUGUGUUGAAGAGCUGCUGCAGAUGUUCCUGCAGGAGUUCUGAUUUGUGUUUCUAUAUUUGAAGCUGCAGCGUGUCUCUCCUGAUGCAGGAGGUUUGGCCGCUGUCAGCCACCGUAGUUUCUGGUACAGGAGGGAGGAAAGCAUUUCACAGUUUAUCUCCUGUAUUUAAAAAGUGACCGAUGAUUGAUUUUUUGCACAAACUGGUGCCCAGUGUCUCUGUGGUUCAGCAGCAUCUUCAGUUCAUGUCCUCUCCCUCACAGCGUGUGUUUGAAACUUCUCUGACAAUCUUUGUAUUUAUUGAUUUAAAACAUUCAUCUUGUAUCCAGAUUUUAAGAUGUGUUAAACGAGUGUUUUGGGAAAUAUCCGUAUUUAUUUUUUAUUGCAGAGUUCAACACAGGGAUACAUACCACAAAGCAGUAACUCAACAUUUACUGAAGUACACAUUUUGACUUACUUUUACUUUUUUGCCAAUUUAUACUUCUACUCCGCUUCAAUUCAAAGCUAAAUAUUGUACUUUAUAAACUGUAGUUAUUUUAUAAAUGUUUGCAUAAAAAGAACCUAAAAUAAGAAGUUUUAUCAUCAAUUAAACUAGCAAACCGUUUAAACAAGAACAGCCUUUAAGGGAUAAUUAUCGGCAUGAACAUGAAUGUAUUUAGAAUAUUUCUGGGAUUUGUCUACAUGUAUAUCUUUUUUAUCAUUAGGUAAUAAUGAAUUGGCAUAUAUAGACAUUUGAGUAAUUACUUUAAUUUGGAGUUUUUGGGAUGUUUUUCUGUUCAUUUUUCAGUUUAUUUAAUGUUUUUAAUGAACUAAUUAAGGGAUAAUGAAUUGCCCUUUAUAUUUGCAGCAAAAUAAAUAAGUAUAUUUCCCCCAAAAAUGUAAUAUUCCUUUAUAAACUGGGAGUGCGUCUGGGCAGCAGCUGAUGUGAAGUUGGAGGUGGAAUCUUGUCGGAUGAAAUCCUCUUUUAUUUCAGAUAGUUGUGAAAACGUCUCUCCUUACCGCCCAGAGGUUCGUGAGCUCUCCUUCUUUUCAUCGUCUAAACAACGGCCUCAUCCGAUCAGGACCUCUCUCUGUGUCGUGUUUUAAAGGAUGGGUCUGUGUUUUUUCUGUGGUUGUUUUUCCUUAUCUUCAUGUGGCUUUUGCAGUCAGGUGUCACAUCUUUCAUGUAAAACCAUUACAAACAGGAAACAUUUUAAUAAUUGGAGGUAAAAUUGUACUUUUAGCACCUUCUCUCAAUUAACCUCUGUGACGAUGUAAUUACAGGUUCUGAUUCUAAAGUGCAUUAACAGCAAAGUGCACUUUCAAUGAAAGGAAUCCGCCACAAACACACUUUAAUCAUGAUGUUCCUGAAUGCCUCCGCUCACUUUUUGUACUUUUCUGUGCUUUUGUUGCGUGGAAAUUAUGAGACUAUGUCUGACGGAGGGAUUCAAAUAGGAUUUUCUGACUGAAAAUAGAUAAGAAAGUUAGAACCAGAGGUGAAAAAGUAGCAGGGUUUGGAAAUACUGAAGUAGAACACCUCCUAAUACUUGAGUAAAUAUACUUCAAACACUACAGCAUCACACAUCCUGUUUGUUUGUUUUUGUUUUCCUCCUGUUUAUCACAGAGCCAGUGGCAGCUAUAGUUGUGCAGCUUGCUGUUUGUUAACCCCUGCAGAGGGUCACUGGUGCACCCCCUUCCAAACACCCCCAGUGAACGGUCCUGCCGCACUAACACAUAUUUACUACGCACAGACACAGAGCAGUAGCGUGGCGUCAACAUGUAGCUCCGUCGUGCUUUUGUACUUGCUUCCCCCCCUUCCUCACUUCCUCUUCAAUAAAUGCAAAUGGUGAAACUAAA